AUGUUCUGUCUUUCCUCCCACUGCCAGAGGUCCGCUUGUUCGCUUGCUCUGUCCCGUCCGCAUACCACCGUCCGUUGUCAUGACGCCCAGGCAUUUUCCGCCACUUCCACUUCCCAGUCUGGCUUUCGCCACGCUCCUUCGUCAUGGCAGAUGACGCGCUCCGUUACCGUGGCAAGCUCCAGAAAAAGCUUGUCUGCUGUGCCUGCGCCAUGGCCAGAUCUGGUCUCUCGCACUCUUGUUCGUCGUACGCGCCUUGACAGACUGCAUUCCGCUGCCCGAUUAUCGAAGCUCGCAGGAUCGGCAAUUCCAACCCCAUACUCAUCUGUCAGACUAUUUUCGUCCAGGGCAGCCUGUGGCGCCAUGAAAGCUGAAGAUCCGAAUGGUAGUGCGGCUGGCAUUAUGGGCGCUGAAGACGCGUCGGUUCUGGACAAUGGUCAAAAUGAAGUCCCUCCCGGAAUGCCCGUGCAGGAUGGCUCGUUAGACCCGGAGUCUGAGGAAGAUGUGCCCCUCGAGCCGGAGGAGCUGCAGGAUGCUCUAACUCGGCCUCCGCCGGUCAACAGUAACUAUCUUCCACUCCCUUGGAAUGGACGGUUAGGAUAUGCCUGUUUGAAUACGUAUCUACGAUAUUCCAACCCGCCAGUAUUUUGCUCACGGACAUGCCGUAUCGCUUCGAUCCUGGAAAACCGCCAUCCGCUCCAAGACCCCUCGCAACCGCCCCAUCCAACCAAAAACCGCCCUGACCGGGAGCAGCCUGCAGAUGUCGCCCGCGGCCAGGCUUACGUUGAGUCAUUGGGUCUCGCCAAUGCUCGCGAUCUUAUCAAAAUACUCAAGUGGAACGAUAAAUACGGCAUCAAGUUCAUGCGUAUGAGCAGUGAAAUGUUCCCUUUCGCCAGUCACAAGGAAUAUGGGUACAAAUUGGAGCCAUUUGCUGCAGGCGUAAUGGCUGAAAUAGGUCAAGUCGCAGCUGACCUGGGCCAUCGCGUCACAGUCCAUCCUGGUCAAUUCACACAGUUGGGCUCCCCGAGAAAGGAAGUUACAGAGAACUCAUUUCGCGAUUUGGAAUAUCAUUCUGAAAUGCUGCGGCUUUUGAAGCUGCCGCCACAGCAGGAUCGCGAUGCAGUCAUGAUUCUCCAUAUGGGCGGUGUGUUCGGUGACAAGCAGGCAACUUUGGACCGGUUCCGGGAGAGCUACGCCAAUUUGUCGCAAGAUAUAAAGAACCGACUAGUUCUUGAGAAUGACGAUGUUAGCUGGUCGGUUCAUGAUCUGCUGCCCAUUUGUGAAGAGCUCAAUAUCCCCCUCGUCCUGGAUUACCACCAUCACAAUAUCAUCUUCGACUCGGACCAGCUUCGCGAAGGUACACUAGAUAUUAUGGGUCUUUAUGAUCGCAUCAAAGCGACUUGGAUGCGCAAGAAUAUCACGCAAAAGAUGCAUUACUCAGAGCCAACUGCAGGUGCAAUCACAGGUCGCCAACGGCGGAAGCACAGUCCCCGUGUUGCUACUCUUCCCCCUUGUGAUCCGACCAUGGAUUUAAUGAUCGAAGCAAAGGAUAAGGAGCAGGCUGUUUUCGAAUUGAUGAGGACGUUCAAACUACCAGGUUAUGAAUUGGUCAACGAUAUCAUCCCAUACAUCCGGACCGACGAAAACAAACAGUACAAGCCGCCCCGAAGGUCUCCUAAGAAGAAUGGGUUUGUCGACCUGGAAGCUUUGGUUCCUCCGGAGCCCAACUUUCCUGAAGAGGAAGUCGGCAUGGGUGGUCCUGAGCGAAGAGUCUACUGGCCUCCUGGGAUGGAAGAGUGGCUUCGACCAAAGAGGGUCAUUCGAACAAAGGCAGUCCAGACUGGGCCCAAGAAGAGGAAUAACAAGAAAGCGGCCGAGACCACCACUAAUGAAGAUGGUGAGGCCGAAAAUGGUGCAGCUGAAACUGCUACGCCGGAUACUGGUGCGCCGGAAACGCCAGCCCGGAAGACCACGGCGCGGGUCAAGCGUACGGCUAGUGUGAAGAAGACUACUACUACCAGGAAGCGCAAGGCAUCAGAGACGCCUGUGUCGACGCCGCCGGAUUCGAACGAUGAGGCUACGGAGCCAUCUGACCCACCCGCACCUACUGCGUCGCGAAGAGGCCGUCGAAGUGGACGUGCAAAGAAGGUGAACUAUGCGGAGGAAAGUGAGUCUGCUGGUUGA